AUGUCCAGAUAUGAGCCGCUGGUUAGUAAGGAAAACUGGCAAAACUACACAAUGAAUCCAGGACCGUCGAACGUCUUGAGCCAUAUGGGUGCUCCGAAAUCUGCACCAUCGCCCGGGCGGCCUCUAAAACCCACAUGGCACUGUCUGGUGUGCCGAAAAGAGCUGUCUUCGAAGAGAUCCUACACAGAACACAUGAAUAUACACAACAAGCAACGACCGUUCCAAUGCGAACAUUGUGCUUAUGCUGCAGCCAGCCAAAUGACCCUGCAUAGACAUAAGUUGCGGAAUCAUACGCCGAAAACCGAAUGGGGUUAUCGAUGUCCGUAUUGUGAGGACGCUUAUAUGGAACCGGCUGGAUAUCAGCAACAUGUGCACCUAAUUUUGAUCCAAAGCGACCGUUACCCUGUUCAAACUCUUUUUUUCAGACAACGCCAUCCGGGUAAAUCUGCGACGUAUGGCUGUCCGUUUGGGAAGUGUAAAUUUGUCUCAAAGUCGCAAAGACACUUCCGGGAGCACCUUCCGAAGCAUGAAAAAUGUGAAAAAGUGGAAGAUGGAAUCGAUCCAUGCGGUCUGUCGAAUCAGGAACUCGUCCGUUACAUGGUCAUGGACGAGAUCGGUCUUGGCUACAAACCCCUCCACGUGGCACCAAUGAUAGCGAUUCGAGCGAUUCCAAAAGUUCAAAUCGCUCCGAAAAUCUACGCAAGGCCAACAGGACGAACCUGUAGUGGACAGAAUUGGCUCAUCGAGAGAGUCAUUCCGAAUAAAACAGUGAUUCGAAACAAUCAGAUUCCCGUGCCACGUCAUCUGGAGCAGCAGCAAAGACUCUAUGAAGCCCCGUCCUCCGCGGGACCUUCAGAAUAUCAAGAUUACCAGCAGAGCCAUCUAGAAUAUGAUGAAACGGAGCAUGAAUCAUGUUAUGAUGCUAAGUUGGAGCACGAGAUGAAUGGAAACGUGGAAUAUGAAGUGGAGGAGCAAUACGAGGAUGAUGGACCGCCUGUUUUAGAAAGUUUUGGACUGGUGAACUCGAAAAUGGACCGUCGGAUAGAAGAGGAUGAGAGGAGGCAGUGGAUGGAGAAGCAGCACGAACAGGAGGUUGAGCCAACACCUAAAGAAGGCGUCUUCCCGAAUGGUUCCGUCGAUUUCGAUCUGGAUUAA